GCCAUGUUGGAGCUACAGUGGAUUCGGGCUGGGAUUUUCUGACGCCGUAUGUUUUUCUUAAAAUAUCUGUUUUCUAACGUCGUCGGGGUUCGUCAAACGUGCGCUACCGGCGCCGUAAUCGGCCGUGGAAAUGAUGAACUCCAGUGUCGACCUGUCCCGGCGGAAUCCGCAGGAGGAUUUCGAGCUGAUCCAGAGGAUAGGAAGCGGCACAUAUGGGGAUGUGUACAAGGCUCGUAACGUAAACACAGGAGAGCUGGCUGCUAUCAAAGUCAUCAAACUGGAACCGGGUGAGGACUUUGCCGUGGUCCAGCAGGAGAUCAUAAUGAUGAAGGACUGUAAACACUCCAAUAUCGUCGCCUAUUUUGGCAGUUAUCUCCGGAGAGAUAAGUUAUGGAUCAGUAUGGAGUACUGUGGAGGAGGGUCUCUGCAGGACAUCUAUCACGUAACCGGGCCUUUGUCGGAGUCACAGAUCGCCUACAUGUCACGGGAGACCCUGCAGGGUUUAUACUACCUACACAACAAAGGCAAAAUGCACAGAGACAUUAAGGGAGCCAACAUCCUCCUGACAGACAACGGCUAUGUCAAACUAGCUGACUUUGGUGUAUCAGCCCAGAUCACAGCAACCCUCGCCAAGAGGAAGUCAUUUAUUGGAACUCCUUACUGGAUGGCUCCAGAGGUAGCAGCUGUGGAGAGGAAAGGCGGCUACAACCAGCUGUGCGAUAUCUGGGCUGUGGGCAUAACUGCAAUAGAGCUGGCUGAGCUGCAGCCGCCCAUGUUUGACCUGCACCCGAUGAGGGCUCUCUUCCUAAUGACCAAGAGUAAUUUCCAGCCUCCUAAAUUGAAAGAUAAACUCAAGUGGACAAAUAACUUCCACCAUUUUGUCAAACUAGCCCUGACCAAGAACCCAAAGAAGAGGCCCACCGCUGAGAAGCUGCUGCAGCACCCGUUUGUGUCGCAGCCUCUGAGCAGGACGCUGGCCAUCGAGCUGCUGGACAAAGCCAACAACCCCGACCACAGCACCUACAACGACUUCGACGACGACGACCCCGAGCCUGAGUCUCCGGUCUCUGUUCCCCAUCGCAUCCGCUCCACCAGCAGGAGCACCAGAGAAGGAAAGACACUGUCUGAGAUUAACUUUGGUCAGGUGAAGUUUGAUCCUCCACUGAGGAAGGAGACAGAACCCCAUCAUGAACCGUGUGAUUCUGAGCCCUAUCUGGACUGUGUUGAGGAGCUCUACUAUACCGCGAGAUCUAAUCUGGUAGUACUCCUUCUGUCUCUCUCUCUCUCUCUGUCUUCAACCUCAUAUCACACCAGGAUUUUGUCCACAUCGGUCACUGCCUACAGAAAUAAUAGAACAGAAGUGUGA